UUGGCCGCUCAGGCGGCGCCAACCGGAAGCGGCUCCGUGAGGGAGGGAGCGCGCGGGCGGCGCCGCCAUCUUGGCCCGGCCGCGCUUGUCGCGCCUGUCGCGAUCCGUGGCGGCCCCGAGCGGGGCUCUGGGGCCGCCCAACCAUGGCCACCAACCUGGGCGAUCAACGCGAGUGGGCCGCCCCGUUCGCGCUCGGUCCCGGUGCCGGCCCCGCGCGGGAGGAGCCGCCGGCGCCCCCCGAGAACCCCGAGUGGGAGAAGGCCCGGCAGGCCCUGGCCAGCAUCAGUAAAGCGGCGGCCGGGAGCGCCAAGGGAGCGGGGGGGGCGGGCGGCGGAGCGCAGUACGCCCCCCCCUCACAGGGAGACCCCUCCCUGCAGCAGGCGCAGCCCCCCCAGUACUACCAGUGGUACCAGCCCUACGGGGGGGGCUACUACCCCUACGGAUACUACUACCCGGUGCAGGGGGUGUACCCCGGCUACGGCGCCCCCAGCGCCCCCUACGCCGCGGGGGGAGGGGGCUCCUACGCGCCCACCCCCCCCCAGCAGCAGCCCCCACCCCAGACCCAUUUUUUCCCAUUUUCAGAAGCUCCAGGCUCGGGGGGUCUCCGUUUCCAGCUCCCCAAGCGCCCCUUUGUGCUGCCCCCGGCGCCCUUUGGGGAGCAGCCCCGGGGGGGCGGCGCCUUCGGGGGUCCUGAGAAGCUGCACGGGGGCCACGGAUCAGCCCCCAGGGGUAAGCCUGAGGACUGGCCCCCCGAGAUGAAGGCGUACGUGCAGCGCUGCUUCACGGCCUGCGAGUCUGAGGAGGACAAGGACAGGACUGAGAAGCUGCUGAAGGAGCUGCUGCAGGCACGGCUACAGGAUGGGUCAGCCUUCACCAUCGACUGGAGCAGGGAACCUCUGCCAGGGCUGCCGCGCUCGGGCCCCCCCAGCCCCAAGAAGAAGCGCUGGGAGCUGCCCCAGCCCCGGCCCAGCCCGGCCCCAGGACCCCCCCAGACCCCUCCCCAGCGCCCCCCAGGCUCGGGGGGGCCCCCCCAGCCCCCCAGGGGGGGUCCCAGGGCGCGGGGAGGGGGUGGGGGAGGGGCGGGGGGGGCCUUCCCCACCAAGUUCGGGAACCGGAACGUGUUCAUGAAGGAGAACAGCUCCAGCUCCAGCUCCAGCUCCAGGUCCAGAUCGUCAUCCAGGUCACCUGGGAGGCACUGCCGGCGCAGUGACUCAGACUCGGACUCCUCGGGCGGCUCCGGCCCCGACCCCCGGCCCGGGGGGCGCAGGGGGGGCCCCCCCAAACCCCGGGGCAGGGGGGGGGCCCUGGAGAGGGGCAGGGCCCGGGCCCAGCGCGGCAAGAGACCGGACCCGUGUCCCCCGCGCCGUCCCCGCCGCCGCGGCGCGGCCGAGCCCGAGGACCCCGAGCGGGAGCUGCGGCGGCAGCGCCGGGCCCAGCGCUUCCAGAACCCCAAAAAACCCCAAAAGGGGGCGACCCCCCCGAGCCCCCCCGGGCCCGGCCCCGACGGCCUCGACUGGGACCAGCUCAAGAUCUCGGGCACCUGCCAGGAGGUGACAAAGCGGUACCUGAGGCUCACCUGCGCUCCUGAUCCUGCAACUGUCAGGCCAGUGCCGGUUUUACGGCAGGCCCUGGCCCUGGUGCGGUCGCACUGGGCCCAGCACCGCGAUUACGCCUGGGCCUGCGAGCAGCUGAAAUCCCUGCGGCAGGACCUGACGGUCCAGGGCGUCCGCACCGAGUUCACGGUCGAGGUUUACGAGACCCACGCCCGCAUCGCCCUGGAGAAGGGCGACCACGAGGAGUUCAACCAGUGCCAGACGCAGCUGAAGGCGCUGUACGGGGAGAGCCUGCCCGGCUGCGUGGGCGAGUUCACGGCCUACAGGAUCCUCUACUGCAUGUUCACCAAUAAUUCUGGAGAACUGACCACCGAGCUGGCCCUGCUGCCCCCGUCCCUGCGCUCAGACCCGUCUGUCUCCCACGCCCUGGCUCUCCGCGCCGCCUGGGCGCUGGGGCUCUACAGCCGCUUCUUCCGCCUGCACGGCUCGGCCCCGGCCAUGGCCCCGCGCCUCAUCGACCUGUUCGCCGAGCGCGAGCGGCGCCGCGCCCUGCGCGCCCUCAUCAAGGCGUGAGUGGGACAGGGGACAUGGGGGGACA